AUGAUUGCCUGCGCCGCCUACCACUAUGGAUGGUCUCGAAAUGACUACCAGCAGCUCGCCCACGCUUUCGUGGCGGGCCAUCUGAUAAGUGCUCGACGCGGUAACUUCUCUGGCUUCAAGUCGCUGUUCGGGGACCUCUCCAACAUCGGGUUCCCCAUCGCCGAGAUUCUCCCCAGCGGCGAGUUCUUCAUCACCAAGCAGCAGGGUACGGGCGGUAUGGCCACCGUAGAUACCUGCAAGGCCCAGCUCCUGUACGAGAUCCAGGGGCCGUACUACUACCACUCGGACAUCGUGGAGGGCAUAAAGAUGGAACAAGCUGGUGUUGACAAAGUCUUCGUCUCCAACGUGGGGAGCAAACCGCCCCCUCCCACGACCAAGGUCGGCCUCACCGCAAAGGGCGGCUUUCCAGCCGAGGCACACUACUUCCUGUGCGGACUGGACAUCGAGGAAAAGGCCAGGCUUCUAGAAACACAGCUCCGUCCCGCUCUACGGCAGUCCAACUUCCAUUGUCUUAAGUUCCGCACCAACGGACGCUGCCCAGACGACCCCAAGAACCAGGACGCAGCGACGGUCGACUUCCGCAUAUUUGCCCAGGCGCGCGAGGAGGCGGACCUGGCGGCCCCCCGGUUCCUUGAGCCCAUCAUGAAUAACAUCAUGCAGGGCUACCCAGGCGCCACGUUCGCCAUGAACGCGCGACAAGGCCUGCCGAAGCCGUACUACGAGUACUGGGUCGCGCUGCUGCCGCAGGCGCGCAUCAAACACGUCUGCCACGUGCCAUCCAAGGGGCUUGACAUUCCCAUCGCUGCGCCAGACGACACCGAGAUCUUCAUCCACAACCAGCCGAGCUAUGAGACUUCCUCUGCUCUUGGCCCGGACUCGUUUGGACUGACUGUACGGGCGCCGAUUGGAUACAUCGUGCAUGCUCGUUCUGGCGACAAGGGAUCCGACUCGAACGUGGGCUUCUUCGUCCGCCACGAGGACGAGUGGGACUGGCUCAGGAGCAUUCUCACGGUUGCCAUGCUGAAGGAACUACUGGGAGAGGACUACGGCGGAAACCGCGUCUUUCGCUUCGAGUUGCCAAACAUUUGGGCGGUACACUUCCUUCUCAAAGUCUAUCUGGAUCGGGGCGUUGGCGCAAGCUCUACAUACGACGUGCUGGGGAAGAAUGUAGCCGAGUACCUGAGGAGCAAGUACGUUGAUAUUCCAAAGGUAUUUCUAGAGCGUGGACGGAUAUGA